AUGUGGGAGGUUGAUGACUUCGAUGUUGGGAAGGCCCUGAAGGAAAAGGAAGUGAAACAUCACUUCACAAGAAACGUCGCAAGGAGCGGUGAUGGUCGCUACACUGUUCGUCUCCCACUUGAGUACAUCAAGUUUAUGGACGAGUACGUCAAUUUGGGACAUAUGGAAGUGGCCUUACGCGUCGCGGGCGCGCAGUUCUUCUUGCCGCAUCACGUCAUCCAUCGUCCGGAAAGCAGCACCACUAAGGCCCGUAUCGUUUUAGAUGCCAACAGCAAAGCAACUGUUCACCUAAACUACACGAUCUCACUGAACAAAUUGUUGCAGACUGGCCCCAUCGUACAACCACCACUGGUCUCGACGGUCAUCAAUUUCCGGAUGCCCAUAUUUGUUUUCACGGACGAGUUUCAGCAGAUCAUCUGGCGCCGAGACCCUUUGCAGCCAGUACAAACAUAUCAACUCAAAACGGUCACGUACGGGCUCACUAGUUCUUCUUACCAGGCAGUUGCAGUGCUCAACAUAGAGUAA